AUGGUGAUUUCAAACUUGCAACAAUGUGUUCUAGGGUUUUCACAAGUACCUUGUUUUUUCAUUUUCGGGGAUUCGUUGAGUGACAGUGGCAAUAACAAUGAUCUUGUAAUAGCAGCAAAGGCGAAUUACCCACCUUAUGGAAUUGACUUUCCCCUGGGACCAACAGGAAGGUUUUGUAAUGGUGAAACCCGAGUCGACGUAAUCACCAAAAUUUUGGCCUUUAAUAAUUAUAUCCCAUCCUUUGCAAUGGCUUCGACCUCUGACAUACUCAAAGGUUUGAAUUAUGCAUCCAGCGGAUCAGGUAUUCUGGAUGACACUGGAGCAGGUGAGCAUAUCAGUUUGAAUCAACAGCUACAAAAUCACAAAGUAACAAUAAAAAAUCUCGUUGCAAAACUAGGAACUGUAGAUUCAGCAACUCAGUAUCUAAACAAGUGCCUUUAUAGUGUUGGAAUGGGCACUAACGAUUACGCUAACAACUAUUUCUCAACCCUUUUAUCCGUGAAAAUGCUCCUGUAUGACCUGGAGAAGUUUACAGAAAUUCUUAUUCACCAGUAUUCCAAGCAACUAAGGACUUUACACCAUCUUGGAGCAAGGAAGAUUGUCGUUUUCCCAGUAAACAACACUGGCUGUGCAGAGAAUUUGAACAAAGCGGCCAAGCUUUUCAACAAGAAGCUGAAGUCACUUGUCGAUCACCUCAACACUAAACUAACUGAUGCGAAAUUCAUCUAUGUUAACGUUUGCCAGAUGAUGUCGUCAGAUUUUCUUGUUUCUGCUGCUAUGAAAAAUAUUGAUCUUAGAGAGACAUGUUGUGAAGUGGGAAGCUAUGGUUUGUGCAAGCCUUCUUCAAGUCCGUGCAAAGAUAGAAAUGCUUUCAUAUUCUGGGAUUCUUCUCAUCCGCCAGAGAUUGUAAACAUUCUCCUUGCAGAGCUGACAUUUAGUAAUUCGGACUCAGAUGUGAAAUUUCCUAUGGACAUUCGAAGAGUGGUUGGCUUGUAA